GUGUGAAAACCAUAUCCCUAAACCCACAAAAACAAAUCGAUGCCGCCGCAGAACCACCGCCGCCGCCACCGCCGCAAGCGCACGCCUACUCGGUUUAUCAGUAGUGCUGCUCCACCGCCUCCGUCUCCGCCUCAUCAAGAAGUUCAACAAGCUCCACCAGAGCAACCACAAAUUCAAGAAACCCCACCAGCAGUCUUGGAUUCCGACGAUAGCGGCACUGACCCGGAUGAAUACGAUGAAGUCAUUACUGUGUCACUUUCUGAAGUUCGCAGCAAUGUGCAAUGCGCCAUUUGUUUAGGCGUAUUGAAGAGCACAAGGGCUGUAAUGGGAUGCUUACACCGCUUUUGCAAAGAAUGCAUAGACAAAUCUAUGAGGCUGGGGAACAAGGAAUGCCCUGCUUGCCGUAAGCACUGUGCAAGCCGUCGCUCUUUGAGAGAUGAUUUAGUCUUCGAUAAAAUAAUUGGCUCUCUGUUUCCAGAUUUGGAAAAGUAUGAGAAAGAGGAAUUGGUUCUGUAUGAAAAGGAGAAGGAAGUUAAUGUGAAGCUUCAAGCAUCAAUUAACGGAUGCCACCAACGACAAGCAGAAGGUAGAAAGCCGCGUAAGGGUAAGGUAGCAGCAGCAAGAGUGGAUCGAGAAUGUUCUAGGCAGAGUGGCUCGAAAUUAAAGUUUGGUGGUCCGAGCAAUGGAGGGACGAGUGGGAUGAUCUACAAAGAUGAUCAUCAUCAGCCUCCUGUCUCUGCAAUCCCAUCUCCUUGCAUAGUUGCUGAUCAAGUAGGUGCAGAGGGCGCCUCGUCUCCAGCAAAAACAAACUUGCCCGGCUGGGGUGGAGCCGGCUUCAGAAGCCAGGCUCGACGUGCUGCAACUGGCAAAGGCACGCAGAGCAGCAGAGUGGAGAGACUGGCAGAACAUCUAGCAAAUGUGGAGAAGAGUGAUAACAAGCAUGUUGUGACUACACACCUCCAAAGUGACAAACUUAUAUGGCUCAAAGAUUGCAACGAUUAUGCGUUGGCCGAUGUUGAGCUAAUUGACAAGGCUGAGGCGAAGGCGCCACAUAUAUCAAAGUCUGUUUUGGAUAUCGUAAGGAAGCGGGAGAGAUUGUUGGCUGAAAUGAAAAAUUAAAUGAACUCGUAAGAAAAAUUACAACGAAUUUGUAUUACAAUUGUGUGUUUGUUUUUAAUCUCUAGAAUGAUACGUACAUACUCAAACAUUUGGGAUUAUUAUUCGAAAUUUACAGUUCUAUAAAAUUUCAGCUUGAUUGGCCCAUAAGCCGAGAAG